AUGUACAGGUUCAUUUUGAUGAUGGAUAAACAAGCAACUGCUAAAUCAUCUACCAUUUUCACCUCGGAUGCUGUUAAAGGACAAAGGAAGAGGAGGGGUGGAACAUUACAAGCUGCAAAAUGGAAUGCUUCAUUAGCAUCUAAAAUCAAAACUAAGUUAUUAAAUAACUCAUCUAUGUUUAAAGUAUCUUUAAUACAAAAUAAUAAAGCAUUAGCUGCGACUUUGAAUAUGGAGAAAGAAAAUUCUCGAAGGCUAAAGAAUGAAAAGAUUUUUCUUCAGAAGGAAGUAGAAAAGCUGCAGCUUCAUAAUAUCUUGCUUCGUCAAAAGCUAAACUCAUUGAAUAAAACUCUUAUAGAACUAGAAGCAUUUUUGAGUUAUAACCUCAUCACGGCAAUAGAAAUGAGCAGUCUUUCUGAGAACCUUCUGAGUUCCUUUCCUCUGUCAGCUGGUCCAAGUCUCCCUCCUGAUGACCAGUGCAAGAGUACACAUCAGUCUGCUAGAUCUGUAGAACUCCCAGUGAGUCUUCCUUUAAUUGCAACAGCUAGUGCAAAACAGCAAGACAGCCCUUCUGUGUGUGAAAUACCAAAUUCUUACAGGCGUACCAGUAUUUUGUCAGAGGAAGUGCAUUCAGAUCAAGACAAGUGUGCAUUGCCAUUGUCUCCUGGUACAAAUAAUCCAAAGUUAAUUGACAUAGACCCAGUGGAAACAAGCAUUGACAAAAAUAUAUCUUUAAAAGAAAAUCAAUUAUGCGCAGAACUAACUUGCAAUAGUUCCUCCCUGACACAUGUCAAAAAUACACAUUUAAGGCAGUCUGAGGAGCUUACAAAGCAAUAUAAUGAUAGUUCAUUGCCAUUCUGUGGAAAAGUGACUGAAAGAAAGAAACAAACAGUACUCUCUAAGUCAAAAACGCAACCUAAUAUAAAGGAUUUUGAUAAAAUAAGCAGCUCAAAUGAUCUGCCUCAUGGUAUCAACAGCAGCAGCAACACCAAUGACAUGAAUUUGCAGGAAAGUUCAAGUGACUUGUCUCGCAUUGUUGCUUCACCUCUUAAAUUUAGCAAUGAAAAUAAGAUGGAUUUUAAGAAGCCGCUUUUUGCUGACAAGAAGCCUGAGGAAACCAUUUAUGAUGCUGAUAUGGAGCUGACUGCCAGUGAUGUAGGUGAAUUACUCACAGUUACAGUGAAAGACAAAGGUAAAUUACACCAAAGUAAAACCAGCAACACUAAUUCUGAUAAAAUAUUAGCAAAUUUCAGAAAAGUAAAAUAUUCUAAGAAGGAUAAAGAGAAAAUUAAAAGCAAGACUGAAGUCACUUCAAAUUUGUAUGCAGAAGAAAAGCAUACUAAGGCUGACAGUAGUGAAGUUUCAAAAACUACCGACUCACAAACUCAACUACUCCCUAGUCAGACAGAACAGCUACCUACAGGAAAUUCUGUAGGUCAGCAGAUUUUGCUAACUACCAGCAAAUACUGUCAAGCACAAAAUUGUCCAAGUAAAGCUAAGGAUACUGGGAGGACAUACCAGGUUAACUUAUUGAGUCCAAGAAUACAGGAGAAAAAUAAAGAAACUUUCUCAGAAACAUUUGAAGGCACAGAAAACAAAAUACAAAAAGCAGACUCAAACUCAUCUAAUAACAAGACCCCACCAGAAGUUUUUUGUGCUGAAAAUUUACCGUUGCAAGAUAACACUUCUAAUGUAUUACCAUUACCAGGAGACUCUCUACCUACAAAUGGGAAAUGUAGCAGACCAGAAAUAAACAGGAAAACUUUUCACAGCCUUUCUAAAACGAACACAGCAACAUACUGUAGACAGGAAAAUGGGCAAUGUGGAGAAGGUGUUUCAAAAAAAUCUCAAACAGAGGUAUGCCAACAUGACAGCAAGAGAGAACAAGUCCAGAAGAAUAUUAUAAAGAGCAAAUACAGCAAAAAAAGUAGUUACAGACAAAGUGGAGAAACUGAAGGUGACGGCAUUCAUAAAAGGAAAACUCAGCCAUUGGACCAAAAGAAUAACCAUUUUUCACCAGGCAGAUUAAAACAUGCAUUGGCAAAAGCUAGCCGGAAAGCAUAUAUAAUACCAAAAGAAAAUCUUAAACAGUUCUCACUUUGUAAAAAUGAAGAAUUAAAAAAUAAGGAUUCAUUGCAUGUAGAGGCUGUUCAUGGAAAUAAAAUAACUAAAACUCGGCAAUUCCAAGUAGCUUUAGUUACUCAGAAUGAUGUAGCUACAAAUACACCACAAGUGAAAGAACAAGUUGAUGAUAAUGCUAAUACAUUAAAGCAAGUAGAUUCUUCAUCAGUGACACAUAAGACUCCUCACAUCAGUAAUUCUCGUGAUAAUCAGGUAAAGUGUAAACAGAGGUGUACUUCUAAUACCACUGAGACCAGACCAGAAAAAAAUUACUUUAGGCAUAUUGAUCAAGGGGGGCGUAAUAUUUUCAGUGACCAGGAAGUCCCUUUUGAGACAGAUUACUUUAUGAGCAAGUUAAAGCCUAUGGUUCAAAAAUCAGAAUUUGAAUGUGCUAAGAGCAUGCCAUUAAAUGUAGAUUGCUUUUUCCAGGAAAGUCUUGCCAGUGUUGAGCUCCCAGCUCUUGAUAACCACAAUGCUUCCAUGAACUUCUCUAUUCUGAAAAACUCUGAAAUCUGGGGGGGAAAUGAUCAUAAUAACACACUGGAUGCUGCAAAAGCAGAACAAAAGCUGGAUCCUGCUUCUAAAGAGGCUUACAAAAAGAUUCUGCUACCUUGUCAUGGGAGACAGGCUUUGCAAGAUCUGACAAACGUUAGUAUACGAUCUGACAUUUCCUUGCCUAAAUCACCCAACGCUGUAGAAGAAAACUCCGCAGGACCAUCUAGACGAAGAGCCACUGUUUGCUACAGAGAGCCCAGUCUGAAGAGUAAAUUAAGGCGUGGUGAUCAGUUUACAGAUACACAAUUUCUGGAUUCCUGUAUCAACAGAGUAAAAAAUAAAAGAAGUUUUAAAAGUAAAUCAAAAUUUAUUUGA